AUGCGCAGUGGCAGACGGCGGCGCGAGCCCAGCCGGGAGAUGGCGGCGGCGGCUCCGAGAGUGAGGCCCCGGGCCGGGCCCGGGCCCCGGCGCAGGGAAGCCGCCUUCAGCACCAGCCGGCGGCGGACAGCUCCCCACGGCGGGUGCGGCGCGGGCGACCGCGGGACCGCCGGGCCCCGGCCCCGGCCCUGGCCCCGGCCCCAGCUCGGGCUCGGGCAGUGUCAGAAUGGCUCCUACUUCCUCUCACCAGAGCGUCUCAGCGCUUCCCGGAGACUGGACCCCAAGGAACCCGUGGGUAGCCAGAGAGCAGCUUCCCCAACCCCGAAGCAGGCUUCCACUACUGCUCCUGGCCGAGAGAGCCCCCGGGAGACGAGGGCACAGGGCCCAGCAGGCCAGGAGGCUGAUGGCCCCCGCAGGACGCUGCAGGUAGACAGCAGGACGCAGAGAGCAGGGCGGUCCCCCUCAGUGUCGCCGGACAGAGGCAGCACCCCCACAUCACCCUACUCCGUCCCCCAGAUUGCCCCUCUUCCCAGCAGCACCCUGUGUCCCAUAUGCAAGACCUCGGACCUCACGUCGACCCCCAGCCAGCCAAACUUCAACACCUGCACCCAGUGUCACAACAAAGUCUGCAACCAGUGUGGGUUCAACCCGAACCCUCAUCUCACCCAGGUGAAGGAGUGGCUCUGUCUGAACUGUCAGAUGCAGAGGGCUCUGGGAAUGGACAUGACCACUGCGCCUCGCUCCAAGAGCCAGCAGCAGCUGCACUCCCCAGCCAUGUCUCCUGCCCACUCCCCAGCCAAACAGCCCCUGGGGAAGCCAGAGCAAGAGAGAUCUCGAGGCCCAGGGGGACCGCAGCCUGACCCCCGCCAGGCUGAGGCAGCCAGGGCCACCUCAGUGCCGGGGCCUGCACAAGCAGCUGCCUCUCCAGAGGUGGGGAGGGCAUCUCCUCAGCCCCCUCACCCCACCAAGCCUUCCACAACUGAGCCUAGGCCACCUGCAGGAGAGGUCCCAGCAAAAAGUGCCACUGCAGCACCCUCUGGGCCUGGUGCUGCCGAGCAGACCCAAGAGGGCCUCACUGGGAAGCUCUUCGGCCUUGGCGCAUCACUGCUAACCCAGGCAAGCACCCUCAUGUCUGUGCAGCCUGAGGCUGACCCCCAGGGCCAGCCUGCUCCCAGUAAGGGGCCGCCCAAGAUCGUCUUCAGCGAUGCCAGCAAGGAGGCUGGUCCAAGACCUCCAGGCUCAGGACCUGGGCCUGGACCAGUAUCUGGAGCCAAAACUGAGCCUGGGGCUAGAACAGGCCCUGGAUCAGGGCCUGGAGCCCUGGCAAAAACUGGAGGAACAACCAGUCCAAAGCAUGGCAGAGCAGAACAUCAGGCAGCAUCCAAGGCUGCUGCCAAGCCAAAGACCAUGCCGAAGGAAAGGGCUACCUGCCCACUGUGCCAAGCUGAGCUCAACGUGGGCACCAAGGGCCCAGCCAACUAUAACACCUGCACCACCUGCAAGCUCCAGGUGUGCAACCUGUGUGGCUUUAACCCAACACCCCACCUGGUAGAGAAAACAGAGUGGCUCUGUCUGAACUGCCAAACUAAGCGGCUGCUGGAGGGCAGCCUGGGAGAGCCGACCCCGCUGCCGCUGCCCACCUCACAGCAGCCCCCUUCGGGGACCCCUCACCGUGCCGCUGGAGCAGCCUCUCCGAAGCAGAAAGGGCCACAGGGGCCCAGCCAACCAUCAGGCCCUCUGCCUGCCAAGGCCAGCCCCCUACCCACCAAGACUAGCCCCCUGCCCACAAAGGCCAGCACCCAGUCCAAGCCCCUCAGAGCUUCUGAACCCAGCAAGACCCCAAGCAGUGCCCAGGAAAAGAAGACAGGAGUCCCUGCAAAAGCUGAGUCUGUGCCGAAGCCACCUCCAGAAACGACCCCGCCCCCUGGGGCUCCUAAAGUAAAGAGCGGGGUGAGGAGGAUUGAACCUGCCCCCCCUGUCGUCAAGGCAGCUCCAGAAGCCCCCAAGGGUGGGGAAGCAGAGGAACCGGUGGGCAAGCCUUACCCUCAGGACCUGUCACGGAGCCCACAGAGCCUCAGCGACACAGGCUAUUCUUCCGACGGCAUCUCCAGCUCCCAGAGUGAGAUCACAGGUGUGGUGCGGCAGGAGGUGGAGCAGCUGGACAGCGCGGGGGUGACAGGGCCACGGCCGCCCAGCCCCUCUGAGCUCCACAAGGUAGGGAGCAGCGUGCGUCCUUUGCUGGAGACGCAGGGCCUGGCCCCCAGUGGUGCUGAGCGGAGCCAGGCCCCCAGCAGCAGCACUGGCAAGGAGCAGAAGCGGCGGCCCCACUCCUUGUCCAUCACGCCCGAGGCCUUCGACUCUGACGAGGAGCUGGAGGAUAUGCUGGAGGAGGAGGGCUCCCUGCAGUGGCAGCGCCAGCGGGAGCAGCGGGAUGCCGCCGAGUCCUCGGACGACUUCGGCAGCCAGCUGAGGCACGACUAUGUGGAGGACAGCAGCGAGGGUGGCCUGUCCCCUGUCCCACCGCAGCCCCCGGCCCGGGCCGCUGAGCUGACUGAUGAGGAGUUCAUGCGACGGCAGAUCCUGGAGAUGAGUGCUGAGGAGGACAACCUAGAAGACGAUGACACUGCCACCUCCGCGCACAGCCUGGCCAAACCUGGCACCCAGAAGGGCGGCCCCAGGACCAGGCCUGAGCCUGGCCAAGAACCAGUAGCCCUGCCCAAGAGGCGCCUGCCCCACAAUGCCACGACUGGCUAUGAGGAACUGCUCUCUGAGGGGGGGCCAGCAGAGGACACGGAUGGGAGCGGGUCACUGCAGGGGGGACUCCGACGCUUCAAGACCAUUGAGCUUAACAGCACAGGCAGCUAUGGCCAUGAGCUAGACCUGGGCCAAGGCCCUGACCCCAGCCUUGACCGGGAGCCUGAGCUGGAGAUGGAGAGCCUGACGGGCUCGCCAGAGGACCGCUCCCGCGGGGAGCACUCCUCCACCCUGCCCGCCUCCACACCCAGCUACACGUCAGGCACCUCCCCCACCUCCCUGUCCUCACUGGAGGAGGACAGUGACAGCAGCCCCAGCCGCCGGCAGCGACUAGAAGAAGCUAAGCAGCAGCGCAAGGCCCGGCACCGCUCCCAUGGGCCCCUGCUGCCCACCAUCGAGGACUCCUCAGAGGAGGAGGAGCUGCGGGAGGAGGAGGAGCUGCUGCGGGAGCAGGAGAAGAUGCGGGAGGUGGAGCAGCAGCGCAUCCGCAGCACGGCCCGCAAGGCCCGGCGGGACAAGGAGGAGCUGCGGGCCCAGCGGCGGCGCGAGCGCUCCAAAACACCCCCCAGCAACCUGUCGCCCAUCGAGGACGCGUCCCCCACGGAGGAACUGAGGCAGGCAGCAGAGAUGGAGGAGCUGCACCGCUCCUCGUGCUCCGAGUACUCGCCCUCGCCCUCCCUCGACUCUGAGGCCGAAGCCCUGGACGGAGGCCCCAGCCGGCUCUAUAAGUCCGGCAGUGAGUACAACCUGCCCACCUUCAUGUCCCUCUACUCACCAACCGAGACACCUGUGGGCAGCGCCCCCACGCCCAGUGCUGCACGGCCCCUCAAGAGUGCCGAGGAGGCCUAUGAGGAGAUGAUGCGGAAGGCUGAGCUGCUGCAGCGGCAGCAGGGCCAGGGGGCGGGGGCCAGGGGCCCUCCUGGAGGCCCGUCUCAGCCCGCAGGCCCCCGGGGCCAGAGCGCCUUUGAUUACCAGGACACCCCAGACCGUGACUAUGGCAGGGCCGCUCAGCCUGCCCUCGAGGGCCCGCCAGCUGGCGUGGGGACAGCUGUGUACGAGGAGAUCCUUCAGACAUCACAAAGCAUCGCACGCAUGCGGCAGGCUUCCUCGAGGGACCUGGCCUUCGCUGAGGACAAGAAGAAGGAGAAGCAGUUUCUGAAUGCCGACAGUGCAUACAUGGACCCAAUGAAGCAAAAUGGUGGCCCACUGACGCCAGGAACCAGUCCCACCCAGCUCGCUGCCCCCGUGUCCUUCUCCACCUCCACCCCCUCAGACAGCAGCGGAGGCCGGGUUAUCCCCGAUGUCCGCGUCACUCAGCAUUUCGCAAAGGAGCCUCAGGAACCCCUCAGGCUGCACAGCUCUGCUGCCUCCCCCAGCUCUGCCUCCAAGGAGGCAGGCAUGUCCGUGUCCCAGGGCCCUGGGGCGCCAGCCACACCAGCUGUGGCUCCUUGUCCAGCUGGUCUGCCACGAGGGUAUAUAACUCCGGCCCCUGCUGCUGGCUCUGAGCGCAUUCCUCCACCAUCCUCUGCAGGCCACGGCUAUGGCCCAAGCCCAAGCACUGCAAACUAUGCGUCCCAAACCGAGGAGCUGCCCCAGGCCCCCGGUGGCACUGCUGCAGGUGGACGGGCUUCCAGAGAGAAGUCCCUGAGCGGGGGCAAUGGUGACAGUGGUGCUCCACAGACUUCCCGGGGAUAUUCCUACUUUGUGGGUUCCAGCCCACCAGUCUCCCCGUCGUCCCCCUCGGAGAGUCCCACGUUCUCCCCCGGCAAGCUGGGUCCACGGGCCACAGCAGAGUUCUCUACACAGACGCCAAGCGCAGUGCCUGCCUUGGACAUGCCACAGAGCCCCGGUGCCCCCACCUCGACACCCAUGGUAGCCCAGGGCACACAAACACCACAUCGACCCAGCACGCCUCGCCUGGUAUGGCAGCAGUCCUCUCAGGAGGCACCCGUUAUGGUCAUCACCCUGGCAUCAGACGCCUCUAGCCAGACCAGGAUGGUACAUGCCAGCGCCUCUACCUCCCCACUCAGCUCACCUACAGACACCCAGCCCACCGCCCACAGCUACAGCCAGACAACACCUCCCAGUGGGUCUCAGAUGCCCCCAGAGCCACCUGGGCCCCCCGGCUUCCCACGGGCACCCAGUGCCGGGGCAGAUGGGCCCUUGGCCCUGUAUGGCUGGGGCGCCCUCCCUGCUGAGAACAUCUCCCUGUGCCGGAUCUCCUCUGUCCCUGGAACAUCCAGGGUUGAGCCGGGCCCCAGGCCUCCUGGCAGUGCAGUGGUGGACCUCCGCACAGCUGUCAAGCCCACGCCCAUCAUCCUCACUGACCAGGGCAUGGACCUGACCUCUCUUGCUGCGGAAGCAAGGAAGUAUGGCCUCGCUCUGGAUCCAAUUCCAGGACGGCAGUCGACCGCUGUGCAGCCCUUGGUUAUCAACCUCAAUGCCCAGGAGCAGACCCACACCUUUCUCGGCACUGCCACCACCGUGAGCAUCACCAUGUCCUCCUCUGUGCUCAUGGCUCAGCAAAAGCAGCCCGUGGUCUAUGGAGACCCUUUCCAGAGCCGGCUUGACUUUGGUCAGGGUGCAGGGAGCCCCGUGUGCCUGGCCCAGGUCAAGCAGGUAGAACAAGCUGUCCAGACAGCCCCGUACCGAGGGGGACCCCGGGGAAGACCCAGGGAGGCCAAGUUUGCUAGGUAUAACCUACCCAACCAGAUGGCACCUCUGGCCAGAAGAGAUGUUUUGAUCACUCAAAUGGGCACUGCCCAGAGCGUGGGCCUCAAGGCAGGGCCAGUGCCAGAGCCCAGAGCUGAGCCCCACCGGGUCACCCCAGCAGAGCUGCGGUCACAUGCUCUGCCAGGUGCCAGGAAGCCACACACAGUGGUGGUGCAGAUGGGAGAGGGCACAGCAGGCACUGUGACCACUCUGCUCCCAGAGGAGCCAGCAGGUGCCCUGGACCUUACGGGGAUGAGACCAGAGAGCCAGCUGGCAUGCUGUGACAUGGUCUACAAGUUCCCCUUUGGCAGUAGCUGCACUGGCACCUUCCACCCUGCCCCCAGUGCACCUGAGAAGAGUGUGUCAGAUGCCAUUCCACCUGGCCAAAGCAGCGGCCCCUUCUAUGGUCCCCGGGACUCCGAGCCUCCCGAGCCCCCCACCUACCGGGCACAGGGAGUCAUGGGGCCUGGGCCCCAUGAGGAACAGAGGCCCUACCCACAGGGCCUCCCUGGAAGACUGUACUCCUCCAUGUCUGACACCAAUCUGGCUGAGGCUGGUCUCAACUACCACACCCACAGGAUUGGGCAGCUCCUCCAGGGUGCUGGACGAGACUCAGCCAUGGACCUCAGCUCCCUGAAGCACUCCUACAGCCUGGGCUUCACAGACGGACGCUACGUAGGGCAGGGCCUGCAGUACGGCUCGUUUACAGACCUGCGUCAGCCCACGGAUCUUUUGACUCACCCGCUUCCCAUGCGGCGCUACAGCUCAGUGUCCAACAUUUACUCAGACCACAGGUAUGGCGCACGGGGAGAUGCAGUUGGUUUCCAAGAGGCCAGCCUGGCCCAGUACAGUGCCACCACGGCCCGUGAGAUCAGCCGCAUGUGUGCCGCCCUCAACUCCAUGGACCAGUACGGCGGGCGACGUGGCAGCAGUGGUGGUGGCCCUGACCUUGCGCAGUACCAGCCCCAGCAUGGGCCUGGACUCAGUGCUCCGCAGGUUCUGGCUCCCCUCAGACCUGGCCUCCUUGGUAACCCCACCUUCCCAGAGGGCCACCCGAGUCCUGGGAACCUGGCCCAGUACGGACCUGCGGCAGGCCAGGGAACAGCAGUCAGACAGCUGCUGCCGUCCACAGCCACUGUGCGUGCCGCUGAUGGCAUGAUCUAUUCUACUAUCAACACCCCAAUUGCUGCAACACUGCCCAUCACCACCCAGCCUGCCUCAGUCCUGCGGCCCAUGGUGCGUGGUGGCAUGUACAGGCCUUAUGCAUCUGGUGGGGUCACAGCUGUGCCCCUCACCAGCCUGACACGCAUGCCCAUCAUUGCCCCCCGGGUACCUCUUGGGCCCCCAGGCCUGUUCCGAUACCCUGCACCGGGUAGAUUCCCCGUUGCUUCCAGUGUCCCACCUGCUGAGGGGCCUGUCUACCUGGGGAAACCUGCUGCUGCCAAGGCCCCUGGGACUGGAGGCCCACCACGGCCAGAGCUGCCAGCAGGGGCUGCGCGGGAAGAACCUCUUAGCACCACCACCCCAGCUGCCGUUAAGGAGGCCGUGGCCGCCCCAGCCUCUGCCCCACUAGCUGGCCAGAAGCCGCCAGGAGAUGCUGCUCCCGGGGCUGGCAGUGCAGCCCUCAGCCGGCCAGGGCCCGAGAAGGAGGACGCAUCGCAGGAGGAGAGGCAGCGGAAGCAGCAGGAGCAGCUGCUGCAGCUGGAGCGGGAGCGAGUCGAGUUGGAGAAGCUGCGACAGCUGCGGCUGCAAGAGGAGCUGGAGAGGGAGCGUGUGGAGCUUCAGCGGCACCGGGAGGAAGAGCAGCUGCUGGUGCAGCGGGAGCUGCAGGAGCUGCAGACCAUCAAACACCACGUGCUGCAGCAGCAGCAGGAGGAGCGCCAGGCUCAGUUUGCACUGCAGCGGGAGCAGCUGGCGCAGCAGCGCCUGCAGCUGGAGCAGAUCCAGCAGCUGCAGCAGCAACUGCAGCAGCAGCUAGAGGAGCAGAAGCAGCGGCAGAAGGCUCCCUUCCCCGCAGUCUGUGAGGCACCCGGCCGAGGGCCUCCCCCGGCUGCACCUGAAUUGGCCCAGAAUGGCCAGUACUGGCCGCCCCUAAGCCACACAGCCUUCAUUGCUGUGGCAGGGCCUGAGGGGCCUGGGCAACCUCGUGAGCCUGUGCUGCACCGGGGUCUCCCCAGCUCCGCCUCAGACAUGUCCCUGCAGACUGAGGAGCAGUGGGAGACAAGCCGGGCUGGCAUCAAAAAGCGGCACUCCAUGCCACGCCUGCGGGAUGCGUGUGAGUCAGAGCCGGGACCUGAGCCCGGCACCGUCAGGAGGAUUGCAGACAGCAGCGUGCAGACGGAUGACGAAGACGGGGAGGGCCGCUACCUCCUGCCCCGGCGGCGCCGCACACGGCGCAGUGCUGACUGCAGCGUGCAGACCGACGACGAGGACAACGCUGAAUGGGAGCAGCCUGUGCGCCGCCGCAGGACCCGGCUGUCCCGCCACUCAGACUCCAGCUCCGACAGCAAGCAUGAGGCCACCGCCUCAGCAUCCACUGCCUCUGCUGCUGCGAGGGCCGUGAGCAGCGUGGGCAUCCAGACCAUCAGUGACUGCUCUGUGCAGACGGAGCCCGACCCACUGCCCAGGGUCUCUCCAGCCAUCCACAUCACAGCUGCCACUGACCCCAAGGUGGAGAUCGUCAAGUACAUAUCAGCGCCAGAGAAGACGGGGCGCGGGGAAAGCCUGGCCUGCCAGACAGAGCCGGAUGCGCAGGCCCAGGCUGUGGCCGGGACACAGCUUGUAGGGCCAACUGCCAUCAGCCCCUACCUGCCUGGCAUCCAAAUCGUCACCCCAGGGCCCCUGGGCAGAUUUGAAAAAAAGAAGCCAGAUCCCCUGGAGAUUGGGUACCAGGCCCACCUGCCCCCGGAGUCCCUCUCACAGCUCGUGAGCCGCCAGCCUCCCAAGUCCCCUCAGGUCCUCUACUCACCAGUGUCGCCCCUGUCCCCACACCGGCUCCUGGACACCUCCUUUGCUUCCAGUGAGAGGCUGAACAAGGCUCACGUGAGUCCCCAGAAGCACUUCGCAGCUGACAGCACUCUCCGCCAGCAGACACUGCCUCGCCCCAUGAAGACCCUGCAGCGGUCCUUGUCUGACCCUAAGCCCCUCAGCCCCACCGCCGAGGAGUCUGCCAAAGAGAGAUUCUCCCUCUACCAGCACCAGGGGGGGCUGGGUAGCCAGGUGUCGGCGCUGCCACCCAACGGCCUGGUCCGCAAGGUGAAGCGGACACUGCCCAGCCCCCCUCCAGAGGAGGCUCACCUUCCCCUGGCUGGCCAGGCCCCCCCACAGCUGUAUGCAGCCAGCCUGUUGCAGCGAGGGCUGGCGGGGCCCACCGCUGUCCCUGCUACCAAGGCCAGCCUGCUCCGGGAGCUGGACCGGGACCUGCGGCUGGUGGAGCAUGAGUCCACCAAGCUGCGCAAGAAGCAGGCAGAGCUGGAUGAGGAGGAGAAGGAGAUUGACGCCAAGCUCAAGUACCUGGAGCUGGGUAUCACACAGCGCAAAGAGUCUUUGGCCAAAGACCGGGGUGGCCGUGACUACCCACCCUUGCGUGGUCUUGGUGAGCAUCGUGACUACCUGUCAGACAGUGAGCUCAACCAGCUGCGGCUCCAGGGCUGCACGGCUCCAGCCGGACAGUAUGGGGACUUCCCUGCUACUGCCGCUGCUCCUGCCACCCCCUCUGGCCCCACUGCCUUCCAGCAGCCACGGUUCCCACCUCCGGCCCCACAGUACACUGCAGGCAGUGGUGGGCUGACUCAGAACGGAGUCCCAGCCCACCAGGCACCCACCUACCCUGGCUCUAGCACCUAUCCAGCACCUGCCUUUCCUCCUGGCACCAGUUACCCAACUGAGCCUGGCCUGACAAACCAGCAGGCUUUCCGUCCCACAGGCCACUAUACAGCCCAAACGUCCAUGCCAGCCACACAGAGCACCCACUUUCCAGUCCCAGCUGACAGCCGUGCCCUCCACCAGAAGCCACGCCAGACAUCACUGGCUGACUUGGAGCAGAAGGUGCCCACCAACUACGAGGUGAUCACCAGCCCCGUUGUAGCCAUGUCUUCAGCCACCUCUGAAACCAGCUACAGUGGCCCAGCAGUGAGCAGCAGCUACGAGCAGGGCAAGGUCCCUGAGCUGCCCCGGGCCAGUGACCGUAGCGGUGUGAGCCAGAGCCCAGCCCCCACCUACCCUCCUGACUCACACUACACCAGCCUGGAGCAGAAUGUUCCUCGGAACUACGUGAUGAUCGACGACAUCAGUGAGCUGACCAAGGACAGCACCUCCACGGCCCCAGAGAGCCAGCGGCUGGAUCCCUCGGGGCCAGGUGGCAGCGGACGUCCAGGGAAAGAGCCUGGAGAGCCUGGCGUCCUUGAGGGCUCGGCACUGCCCUGCUGCUAUGCCCGAGGGGAGGAGGAAUCCGAGGAGGACUCCUACGAGCCCCGUGGGAAGGUUGGCCACCACCAGAGCAUGGAGAGCAAUGGCCGACCAGCCAGCGCCCACUACUACAGUGACAGUGACUACAGACAUGGGGCCCGGGCGGAGAAAUAUGGUCCGGGGCCCUCAGGACCCAAGCAUCCCUCCAAGAGCCUGGCCCCCGCUGCUGUGCCGUCUAAGCGCAGCAAGCACCGGAAGCAGGGAAUGGGGCAAAAGGUCUCCAAGUUCUCGCCUAUUGAGGAGGCCAAAGACGUGGAGUCAGACCUGGCCUCCUACCCCCCCUCUGCCGUCAGCAGCCUGGCCUCUCGGGGCAGGAAGUUCCAGGACGACAUCACCUACGGGCUCAAGAAGAACGUGUAUGAGCAGCAGAGGUACUACGGGGUGUCCAGCCGGGACGCAGUGGAGGAGGAUGACCGCAUGUAUGGUGGGAGCAGCCGGUCCCGGGGGGCAUCCGCUUACAGUGGGGAGAAGCUGUCGAGCCACGACUUCAGUGGCCGAGGCAAGGGGUACGAACAGGAACGGGAGACUGUGGAGCGACUUCAAAAAGCAGGUCCCAAGCCCUCGUCCUUAAGCAUGGCCCACAGCCGGGGACGGCCCCCCAUGCGGAGCCAGGCUUCUGAAGAGGAGAGCCCCGUCAGCCCCUUGGGACGGCCCCGCCCUGCCGGGGGGACCCUCCCUCCUGGGGAUAGCUGCCCGCAGUUCUGCUCCAGCCACUCCAUGCCUGACGUCCAGGAGCACGUCAAGGACGGGCCUCGGGCCCACGCGUAUAAGCGUGAGGAGGGCUACAUCCUGGAUGACUCCCACUGCGUGGUUUCCGACAGCGAAGCGUAUCACCUGGGCCAGGAGGAGACAGACUGGUUUGAUAAGCCCCGGGAUGCCCGCUCCGACCGGUUCAGGCACCAUGGGGGCCAUGCAGUCUCCUCCUCCCAGAAGCGAGGCCCUGCCAGGCACAGCUACCAUGACUACGACGAACCCUCCGAGGAGGGCCUGUGGGCUCCCGAUGAGGGUGGCCCUGGCCGCCAUGCCUCAGCCAAGGAACACCGGCAUCACAGUGACCAUGGGCGGCACUCGAGUCGCCACACUGGCGAGGAGCCAGGACGGCGUGCCGCCAAACCGCACGCUCGGGACAUGGGUCGCCACGAGGCCCGGCCUCACCCUCAACCCAGCCCUGCCCCAGCCAUGCCGAAGAAGGGUCAGCCUGGGUACCCCAGCUCUGCAGAAUACUCACAGCCACCACGUGUUCCGUCAGCAUACCAUCAUGCCUCCGACAGCAAGAAGGGCUCCCGGCAGGCCCACUCCGGGCCUGCUGCCCUGCAGCCAAAGCCAGAACCCCAGGCACAGCCACAGGCAGCUCCAGGUCGCCAGACGACUCCAGGGCCACAGCAGUCACAGCCACCGCCAUCCAGACAGCUGCCUUCAGGGGCAGCCACACGCCAGCCACAGAUGCAGCAGCAGCAGCAGCAGCAGCAGCAGCAGCAGCAAAGCCUUGGACAGCAGCCUCCACAGCAGGCACCGCCACAGGCUCGGCUGCAGCAGCAGAGCCAGCCAUCUGCCAGGGGCCCGGCCCCUGCUUCCAGCCAGCCAGCAGGGAAACCUCAGCCAGGCCCCACGGCAGCCGCAGGCCCCCAGCCAGCAGGACCACCACGGGCAGAACAAGCAAAUGGCUCUAAAGCCACAGCCAAGGCACCCCAACAGGGGAGGGCUCCUCAGGCUCAGUCGACACCAGGACCUGGAUCUGCAGGCCUGAAGACUGGAGCCAGGCCUGGAGGCCCUCCAGGGGCUCCUGCAGGCCAGUCGGGUGCUGAUGGGGAGAGCGUGCUCUCCAAGAUCCUCCCUGGCGGGGCAGCAGAACAAGCUGGCAAACUGACGGAAGCUGUCUCUGCUUUUGGCAAAAAAUUCUCCUCAUUCUGGUGACCACGCCCGGCAGGCUGCUGCCCUGGAGCAGACAUGAACUCCGACGUGGAGCUGCAGGCAGAGAUGGAGAGACAGCCCGUGGCCCUGGUGCAUGGCAGUCCCACCUUGGAUCAGGGCCAGCUCCCCGUUACUGAGAAGGAAAAGGGAGCACAGAUAUAGCUUUGUUCUGUGUCCUGCCACUGACUUCCCAGUUAAAGGAAUCACCCUCCAGUUCUAGCAUUUGGCUCAUGAUGGAGCCAAGUGGUCAACACUGCAGUGAAUGCCCGUUGUCUGGUGCCUUCUGGAAGUUUCAGGGACGGGCUGGGAGAGGCUUGCCAUUUUAAACAUGGCGCCAUCUCUUUCACUCUUAAGCAAAACACGAGGAACUUCUGUCACGUUAAAAGAAACGUCCCUUUCCGGCUGAUCCGAUUCUUCUAUUUAUUGGUUUGCUUAAGAGGCAGAGAGACGGAGUGAAUUCCCAUCCACUGGUUCACUCCCCAAGUGGCCAGGGCUGGGCCAGGCUGAAGCCAGGAGCCAGCAUUCAGGUCUCCACAUGGGUGGCAAGCACCCAACUACUUGAGCCAUCACCUGCUGCCUCCCAGUGUGUGCAUUAACAGGAGCAGAGCUGGGACUCAAACCCAGGUUUUCCAGUGUGGGCCACAGGCAUGCAAACCUCACUGCCAGGCCAAACGCCUGCCCCACGCCUUGUAUUUUCACUGAAAGGUGAUAGCUGUACGUACUACGGGUUACAGAGCCUGAUCCUUCUUUUUUCCUGCCUUCUCUGUGACCUCCAUGCUGCCAGGUUCCCAACCCCCCCGGGCCUCAGUGGUGUGGGCCCCCGAUACCCAGGCAGAUGGUUGAGAUGAGUGUGGGAGUGGGAAGCAGCCAUCCAUGAUUCUUGUCAAAAUCCUUCUUUCUUUUUCUUCUUCCUUCCCUCCCUCCUUAUCUCUUCCAAGCAUCUGCAAUCUAGCAAACCCUUGGCCCAAAGAUUCACACCAGGUGGGACGUGGCGGGCUGGCCUCAGUUGAGGACGGGAAGUUACCUGACAGCAGCUGCCUGCGUGAGAUACCUGCUGGACGAGUGGGACCACUGGCCUGGGGGAACCCUGGUUGUCUUUGCCGAGACCCUGCUCUCCUCAGGGCACCGCCAUUGAGGCACAGCCAUCGGCCGUUGGGAGGGAGGCGCCCUCUGCAGCAGCCUGCACCAUGGCUGUCUUGCCGCGAGUCCCACAGCCGCCUUUUUGCCCCGGUGCGUUAUACGCAGAGUUUGGACACACACUGCCCUCCCUCCGAGAUGCCAGAAGUUUUUCCACAGCCUUGGAGAGGGGCUUUGCCUGAGGGCUGGGGGCCCUGGGCUCCGUUUCCUUCACAUUCCAGCUGGCCCAGAUCCCUCUGUGGCCACAGGGCCCUGCCCCCAUACCUUGCCCUCUGGGUGACAUGGGAGCAGACCUUCUAGUGGCCAGCGUAGGGUUGGGAGAACUUUACAAACAUUAGGACCUAACACUGUCUCAUCGCUGAACUAAGAGGCCAUAGCACCGACAAGCAGCGUGGGCGCCGGCUGAGGCUUCUCCCAGCCCUUUGGUGGCAGCGUGCGAGCACGCCAGCCAUCAUCUUAAAGCCAUCCCCCUACCCAUCGUGAGCAUCCCAGCGGCACCACCAUUGUCUCUACCAGCCGGCUCCUCCUCAUCCUGACACCUGGGAAUUUCUUUUGAUUUCGAGAACAGCCUUAAUCAUUCCGCUUUGAUUUACGUGUAUACCUCAUAAACAUUCACUUUCGUUUUUCUCUCCCUUUCUCUCUUCUCAUUGCUCACCCCCUUGCCUCUCCCUGCAGCACCACAUUGUGACUGACGGUUUGGUUCUCUCUCUGCUCUGCCCCUGCUCGGCACGGGGAGAAUGUUGACUCAGAAGCAAUAGGGGGCGGCUUGCCACCAAGAGCACAACCCCGGGGCGAGGUCUAGGGAGGCCCCCCGCCCGCCUCUGUUUACUGUGCAAUCCCAGUCCUUCUUAAGCCAUCACCAGUGCGUGUGCUCAGAACAGAGGGGCCAGGGCUUCUGCCAGCCCAGGGAGAGGCCUGGAGCCCCACGUGGGGAAGCGUGGCACCGUUUCUCCACCUGGUGGCCUGGGUGGCAUUCCUCCCCAGGACCCUUUCCUUGGGGGCCACCCUUCAUCUUGGGCACAGCCACAAGUCUCAUCUCUGAUGUUCUAUGCAAUGAAAUAUAAACCCUCAAAGACAACUGUUAAUAUUUAAUAAAUUCCAUGUUAUGUAUAAGGAGUUAAUUGCAACCGUGCAAUUGAGAAACUGGAUAGAUCUGCUCACAUCCCCUCCUUCCCCCCCCACCGGCCCUCUCCCGUGUGUGUGAAAUUCUCUGUCUGUGGCAUGCUUGACCUGCGGCAGGACUCGCUGCUGUCGGGCGAGCCACCGCCUGCCCCGCCGUGGAGCAUGCGCAGCUCGCAGCCUCUUUGCACGACUUCAUCCAUCUUAAACGCUCGACCCCUUUGCUUGGAGUUCUUUUUGCCUCAGAACCUCUCCUUCAGGAGCACUGCUAGCUGACUUCUGCACAGCUGGUGAGGACCCACCAGAGUUGUCGCCUGAGCGUGCCAGGCUGCGGGCCAGGCAGUGUGAGGCCCCACAUACCCUGCAGCUUUCUCGUCCAAGAAGCAGGUAAAAAGGAGUCCGUGGAGUAGACACGAUGGUGGGAGCCUGCCCAGGAUGCAUGUGUGCGAAUGUUCUGAAGGUUUGCUGUAGGAUUGCUAUCCGUAUGUCAUUCUCUCCUCCUACCCGAGCCCCAGACCGGAGGCAUCUGACUGCCCCUUCCCAGUGGGGCACUGCUUAAGGGCAGAACUGGGAAGCAUUCAUAGUCAGAGAGGCAGAGGCCAAAGACAGAACCUGGCUAUGCUCUAUGGGCCCCAGCUUCUGAGUGCAGCUGCUGCAUGCCUCUCCUCUGUGGCUGGAGGCCUGGAGGGACUGGGAGCCCAGGAGACAUGGGCUGUAGCCAGCAGGUCAGUGGGUGCUCGGGAAGAGCUGAACCUUUAGUGCUUGUGGCCUUUGGCUGACAGUGUCUUCUGGAACCAGAGCAGAUGAACUAUUUACAUAGACAAUGGCUUCAAGUAGAGUUUCUUGGGAAGUUUCUCAAUAGCAAAACGUCCCUGAAGGUCCUGUGCGGCCCUUGCUGCCUCUGUUGCCAGGGCGUAUCUUCCCUGCCCAUCGCCUUCUCUGAAGCCCACCCAUCCUCAUUAGCUUCUCCACCACUGAGCUGAAGCAUGGCAGGCGGGAGCUGCCUGAUGCCUUGAGGCCUGAUCUGCCUCCAGAGUGCUCUGGUUUGCACCGUGCGUUUCUCAGGGGUCCAUGUUUCUCCUGGUUUUCUAUAACGUCUGCACGCCCCUCCGAGGCAGAUCCUGGCCCACCUCUGGUGGUUAGGAUGGGACAAGCAGCUGUAGCCUUCACGUUGCACGUGGGACACCUGCUCAUCCCCAAGAUGCGCCUGGCUAAGGGAGGCUGGGGCCGGGUCUCUGUGGGGAUGCACCUAGAUACUUGGAGGCCAGAGCAGUGAUCCUUUCCACUGAAGGCCAGGGGUGGGCUAGGAGCAGGGUGCAGGUGGGAAGAUGUCAGCAGGUCCGCCUCCACCAGGCCCAGUCUGACUCUGAAGUGUUAACUUCUUAGCAGAUUUCCUUCCUGGCCAAGGUCUCUGAGUUUGAAAAACCUGACAUCUGCCAUUCCUCAUGCCCCUCUGUAUCCCCAGGACACGUCAUUGCCUCUCUGUGGAGGUGGCUGGGGCAGGCAUCUGGGCUGUAGGUGUCUUGGACCCUGUGACUCUGGGGGCAAUGCAGCCGGAGGCUGAGUGACCAGCAUUUGGUGCCUUGGGAAGCAGGGAACAGCAGACCUGUUUCCAAAUGGGCAAGGGGUCUCUGAGAGGCGAUCGAGGCCUUCUCUGUACCUCCCUCCCCUGCGUCACAGCCAGGGUGUUGCCUCCUCUGCCCUCGCCAGGCCCCAGUGCACAUGUCAGGUGGCAGCCCCACCCCCAUCCUCUUAGUCCUCGGGUGGAGUGUGAGGGCUCAGGGCCAACAACGAAAGGGCAGCAAUAGCAGCAACUGUGGCCCCUCUCCUGGAGCCUGUGGGGGCAGGCUCUUUGCCAUGACAGUGUGCUCCUACCCUAGCGGCUCCUCCUCCGCCCAGCCCCCGCCAUGCUGUAAAUAGUUGUCAUCGUGGACUCUGACAGGGUCAGAGGGACAGGCCUAAUGAACCGAAACUCCUCCGAGAUGCCAGCUCCGUCUCCCUGGGUGCCUGCAGCCCUGCUGCCAUGCACACUGGGGAGGCCCUGGAGAGCCAUGGAAAUCGUGAGAGUGUGCACGCGAACCUAUGUGUGAGUGUGUGUGUGUGCGCGUGUGCGUGUCUGUCUCAUUCAGCUCCUCCUCGCCCAGGCAGCACCUGGAGAGGAGUGGCCAUCCGCACCUUCUCCUCCAGCUUCCACGUCUUGUUUUUGGCUUUCCCUCCCUCCUCCCUCCUCUUUCCCUUCUUUCUUUCUCUCCUUCUUCAUUUGAGGGGGGAAGAGUGCUGUACAAAGUCACACAAACAAGUUUACAGUUGUAAGUGCAAUGACCCGAGUCCUCCAGCCGCCCUUGUGAACUGUGUGCCGUCCUCCUGUGCUCUGUGAGAACUUGUGGUACUUUCAGUGUCCCCCCCUGCAUUGUGACAAGGUAAUUCUGUGGUAUCAGAAUAAAA